UCAGCAUAUAGACUGAGACCAUGACAACUGAAGUAAAUCCUGGAGUAGAAGUGAAUGAUUCAGAAAAGCCUGAAAAUAAGAAUGAGCCAUCAGGAAACUCAAAUGAGGAGGAUCAGCAGGCAGAUGGAAAUAUAGAAGUAGCAACUAAUGGCUCUGAGAAUAAAAACCCUGGAGAGUCAGACCAGUCAAAUGCAACUGUAGAGCAAUCUCCCCCCAGCAGUCCUAAAGAGAAGAGCCCAGGAAAGCUGAAACAGGAAAAGGAGGCACAUGAAGGGAAAGGAAUUUCACGAUUUCUGCCACCAUGGCUCAAGAAACAGAAAUCCCUAAGCCAAGCCGAUUCUAACGAGGAUAACAAAGAUAAUGUGGCUGAGUCCUCUGAUGCAAUGCAGGUGAAAGAUGAACAAGUAAACAGCCAUGAUGAAAAAACAGAAGAUCAAGCUGUUGAGGAUGAGACAGAGAGCAAAGAGGAAAAACCUCCAGUUUGCAAUGCAGAGCCUUCCAAAGAAGAAAAACAAUUAGAAACAGAAAAGGUUGAAGAAGUGGUGAAAAAGGACGGCGAAAAGGAGUUAAAGGAAAAGUCAUCGGUUGAAAACAAGAAAGAGAGUUCUUUCAAACCCCCGAGGAAAAUGAAAUCCGUGCCAUGUAGAGUAACCUUACUGGAUAAAACCGAAUACACAUGUGACAUUGAGAAACGUGCUAAAGGCCAGGUGCUGUUUUCCAAGGUCUGUGAAAGUCUCAACUUAUUGGAAACGGAUUAUUUUGGAUUGACCUAUCGGGAUAAUGCCGAUCAUAAGAGCUGGCUGGAUCCUGCAAAGGAAAUAAAGAGGCAAAUUAGAAGCUCCCCUUGGCAGUUCGUAUUUAAUGUCAAGUUCUACCCCCCGGAUCCUUCUCUGUUAACUGAAGACAUUACAAGAUAUCACCUGUGCCUUCAGCUGCGUCAGGACAUUGCUUCUGGACGUCUGCCAUGUUCAUUUGUGACACAUGCUCUUCUUGGUUCACUCACACUUCAGGCUGAGGUGGGAGACUAUGAUGCAGAGGAGCACGGCGCUGACUAUAUCAGUGACUUUCAGUUUGCACCCAAUCAGACAAAAGAACUGGAAGACAAAGUUGUGGAACUGCAUAAAACACACAGAGGGCUUACACCAGCACAAGCAGAUAUCAAUUUCUUAGAAAAUGCCAAGAAAUUGUCAAUGUAUGGUGUAGACCUGCAUCAUGCCAAGGAUUCUGAAGGUGUGGAUAUCAUGCUGGGUGUUUGUUCAAAUGGAUUGCUUAUUUACAAGGACAGACUUCGAAUUAAUCGUUUUGCUUGGCCCAAGAUUCUUAAGAUUUCUUACAAACGCAGCAAUUUUUUCAUUAAAGUGAGACCUGGCGAGCUUGAACAUUUUGAGAGCACAAUCGGAUUCAAACUGCCAAACCAUCGGGCUGCCAAGAGGCUGUGGAAAGUGUGUGUAGAGCAUCAUACAUUUUACAGGCUCUCCUCACCAGAGCAGCCACCAAAGGCCAAAUUCUUGACUCUGGGAUCUAAGUUUCGUUAUAGUGGCCGCACGCAAGCUCAGACAAGAGACGCAAGUAUGAAAAUAGACAGACCUGCACCAUAUUUUGAGCGUACAUCCAGCAAACGUGUCUCUAGGAGUCUUGAUGGAGCUCCUUUAGGAAGUAUCACAGACCAGAGUCUGCUGAAGGAAGUCCCUGAUGCUAAAGUUAGUGCUAUUGAUGGUGUUGUCUCAGGACUAGGGGAUGUGACCUGUGAACCUUGGAAUGGAAAACCAGGUAUCGACACUGGAUUUGCACUCAACAAUGAUACCAAGCUCAGUCACCCAUCAUCACAGUCACCCACUCACUGCUCUCAUACCAUACUUGUAAACCUGCCAACCAUCCCUGAGAUGGAUGUAUUUUCAGAUAUUUCAGAGGAUGAUGCAUUGGAGGAACAGCAUGAUGAGCCUUCUAGCAAUUUAGAGGUUAACAUUAGUGAAAAUAAUACAAAUGACAUGUUUCCAGACCAGUACAAUUUACCACCUAAAAUAUCAGAGUCUACCACUGAUGCAGGCAGUCAUAUUCCCCAUCUAGAUUAUAGUAACCAUCAUUCUAUAAAUGACAGGAGGAUAGAAUUUUUCUUCUCAUUCAGCUUUUGCAAAAUUUUCCCUUUGAGAUUCCCUUCUUUGCUUGAUGAGGAUGGAUACAUCAGUUUCCCCAGUCUCCCAGAAGUUUGUGUCUCUUUCCUCCCACCAGGCCUCCAGCGCUAUAUCCCAAUUACAUCGCCUUCCUUCAUUCCUUCUCUCCUUCUCAUCUUUGUACUGCUUCUCUCCACUUCCCAGUCUGUGCCAUUUUCAUUGACUCUUUCCCUUCCCCUCGCUCUGUCCCUCUGCUACCUUGAGCCUAAGGCGACAUCAUGGGGCUCCUUUUAUGACCUGAAUAACAAAGCAGAGGAAGAGGAAGAGGACGAAACCCUGAAACAGAGCAAGUCUUUGAGACUACAAGGAGAAAAUAUUUAUGUCAGACAUAGCAAUUUAAUGUUGGAGGAUUUGGAUAAGUCUCCAGAGGAAAUAUUGAAACAUCAGGCUAGCAUUAGUGAGCUUAAACGCAGUUUCAUGGAAUCUACCACAGAGCCUCGUCCCAAUGAAUGGGAAAAGCGUUGUAUUACACCUAUAUCCCUGCAGACACAAGGGAGCUUAGAAGAAGAGAUGACAUCAAUUCUGUUUAGUAAAGAAAGCUUUUCCACCUUCACCUCAUCUAAUCAGCGGACCACAGAGGCGAAUGUAGUGAAUGAUAGUCUUCCUUCUGAUAUGCUUAGUGUUUCCUAUUCCCCUCCACUGUCUGAGAAACUUUUGCUGCCCAGAACUAGAGGGAUGCGCACUGGACUGAGUGAUGCUCUUGAGAACUCAAAUGAGGUAGAGAACGUAGAGGAAGAAAAAAAGCAGUCAGAUUCUGACACUAAAAACACUGCGGUUACUGAAGACCUCAAACUUGAGAUAAAUGGAGAUGUUGAGCACCCUAAAGAUACCAGUGAGCAGACUGAAGAAGUGAAAGAACUGGAUAAAAAUGAGAAGCAAUCAGUGUCUUCUUAUGAUAGUAGUAGUGAAAGUGAAAACGAAGUAGAAUACAAAGCUGAACAGAGGUUACCUGAGCAUGUUCUUCAGGAAGAACCAGAAGAAAGUGCAGAAGAAAUAAAGGAAGAUGAACCAAUAGAUGAGUCUCAGGGUUUUGUAAGUGAAGACCAUACUGUGAGAAUAACUGUUACUCAGAUUCAAGAAAAGACAGAGGUUAUAUCGCAGGAAAUCACAGUUACUACCUAUGAAAGUGGAGAGGAGAUUGUAGAGGAUGACCAUGAAGUUCAUGAAGAGGAAAAUAACAAAAUGAAUGGGGAUAUCUCUCACUCUGAUGACACUUCUGCUCAAAUUAUUUGUUGCUCUGAGCCUCCAGUAGUGAAAACAGAGAUGGUCACCAUUUCUGAUGCCACACAAAGAACUGAAAUUUCCACAAAAGAAGUUCCAAUUGUCCAGACAGAGACAAAAACAAUUACAUUUGAAUCUGCUCAGGCGGUUGGCAGUGGUGACGGCGAACCUGGCAUUUUACUGAGUGCGCAAACCAUCACAUCGGAUUCAGUCUUAACAACUACAACAACACACAUCACAAAGACCGGGAAAGGUGGAAUAUCUGAAACAAGAAUUGAAAAGCGUAUAGUUAUUAGUGGAGAUGCUGACAUUGACCAUGACGAGGCAUUAGCACAAGCGAUAAAGGAAGCCAAAGAGCAACACCCUGAUAUGUCUAUCACUCGUGUGGUGGUCCACAAAGAGACUGAGGUUACUGAAGAGGAAGAUGAAAACGAACAGUAAGAAUAAAUCCAGAGCAGGUGUCACAGAAUGAAGGAAUUUGAACCACGUCCUGCUGCUAACGUUGCUAUAAAUUGACCAGGUUUGGCAAGCAUGACGGGACGCCCGAAGGCUAAGUUGCCAACGUACAACCUCAGCUUAACAUCUCUGACCUGUGCUGUUC